CGAAUGUAGAUUUUUUUUUCCCUCAGGAUUUGGUCUCCGUGCAGUGUGUGUCCUGUUCCUGUCAGGCUCGCUUCAUUGUUCCGGAUUGACCAUGGCAAUAUCGUGAUCAUGUAGUAUUUCAACAUUAGGCCGCAUCCGCAGCCGAAGUUGUUUCUUAUUCCACUUGAUACUGCAUCAAGAUGAAAAACAAAAAGAAAAGCCAAAAGCAAAGAAACAAAAAUAGGAUGGAGCAUUCAGCCGCGUCCGGGAAGAAUGGCGCCGGCCGUCCUGGCGACAGUGGACCAGCACAGUCCGACUCUACUUCCUCACCUAAUGGCGCAGCAGCUGCGCUUCGCCCAGUUACCAUCGUAUCCGGAUUAGGGGGUACGGAGUGGACUUUUCACGUCGAUCCCACGCGGAUUCGCAAAAUGAAGGAUCUGGCGCCUUUUCUGAUUGCGUCAGAAGAAUUUCGAACGGUUUUCCACCCGGACAAAUCCAAGCCACUGCCGCCAGGCUCGAGAAUUCGGUGGCUGCGCAAUGGUAGUCCGUAUCAGUGCGCCAGCACCGCCGGCGCAUCUUUGAGGCAAGGAGCUACAACGGGGGCAGCUGUCGCGAAGGUGAUGGAGAUCGGUGCACAGCAGGAGCUCACGGGGCACAGGAGCACCUGUGGUCAAGAGCGUGAAGUUGUUGUGAAGAAAAACCACCUCUGCGAUCGCGACGCUACACUUCUCGGUGAAAUCCAGUCUAAGCAUGCCGUCUCGACGCGGCACCCAGGACUCGAACACGCUGUUGCGCAGGCGGAUCUUUAUGAGCCGCCGCAGGAGGACCUCGUGGAGGAUCCCGAGGAGGAGAUUCUGUUUGAUGGGGUGACGAAGUAUCGCUACGUCUUCCAGACCCCCCCGAACCCCGUGGAACUUAACCCCGAUGGGCUCCCCCGCAACACGGAUUCCUACGUGGACGCCAUGGAAUGGAUCUUUGAGCAGGCGUACCUCGGGUACGACUAUCCUGUGCAAAAGUACCGCACUCGUACUAAAAAUCGCAGUCAUGCAAGACAAAUUACUUACUUCUUCACACCUAAUUCUGCAUGGUGAAUGCCACUUGCCAUGCUGAGCUACUUUGUAUUGCGACUCUUACUACGUCUACUAGUACGAGAGUUUUGCGAUGCAUAGCGACUGCAAACCCGGCGACGACCGGAAAACCCGCGAGCGCAAUCCCGUGCGCACCGUCCUCCCGCUGGACCGCCGAACGCUUACCUGGAACUCGUGGGUGUGGCUCAUGACGAGUCCGCACAUUGUGCGCGAAGUGAUACGUCUCACGGACGAAGAGUGGGCAUUUUACGGCUGGAUGGAUCAACAUCUUCCGGAAGACGCAAGAGAAGAAGAGACAGAGAAGGAGAUACAGGUAGCACAGAAGACUAUUGGCGACAAGCCCGGGAAAGUACAGAAAACGGGGGCUACGACCAAAGUAGAAGAAGACGCGAACAGCGACAAAGAAAAGCAUGCUGUCCCCUCCUCGACCAUGAAGACUACAACCACCGAUGAAGAAGUGACCCGUUCUUGUGGUCUUUCCGCGCCGACGUCCUCGAGGAUGAAGACCUUUCGGCAGGCCUACCUCGAGCGCGUUCUAGCGCCCUUUCUUUUCCACGAUGUGGACGACGGUACUACAUUUUUCGGGACCGACAAAAAGCGUCUGUUUCUUUUCAGCCACAUCAUCACACCCGCCUUGAAGCAAAUCGCCGAUUGGUCGAUUGUGGACUUUGAUGCGUUGUUUGUCCAACAAAAGUCGGACCAUUAUUCAAGUAAUGCCCCCCCAAAACCAUGCAUGCAUCCCCCCCCUCCCCCCCAUUACUCAGUGAAGGGAAAAGGCGGCCCGCGGUUCUGCUCCCCCCACGGUAUGUUGGUGGUUUGGUUAUAUCCUUGUGCAUUCGUCGCGGCCCUUCGCGAAGCGGCUCCGCGGCGGUACGCCACAAAUAGAAUACCUGAUCGCCUAAGCCCAAGAGAAUGCAAUCAAUGGCCUUCAUCGCAACGAGAAAAACCAAAAAAGAGUCGCGCGCGUCGUGCACUUUUUAAAAAAGAAGGCCGCGCCUUCCUCAGGCGCCCAAAUUUUUUGCCUUGCCGCGGCGCUGCGCGCCGCGCGCUUGCUUUGUUUUCCUCCAUUCGAUAGGCACGGGCCUGGGGCAAGGGCAUUUUCGUAAGAAAACAAAAAAGCGACGCUGGGGCGUGCGCGCCGUGGAAUGACAUGCCACCUAGAGCGCCGGGUCGUGGUUCUUUCAAAGGGCGCGGCAGCAGACUCAUCCGGUCGGCCGGACCUUUAGCUUUCCUCCAUGCAGGGAAAUUGAAGGAGCCACCUCAGCAACCUUCGCACCUCUUUCGCCUAUCAUUUCUGAAUGACGAAUUUUAUUUUUGGGAAUUUAGAAUGCAGAAAUAAUUUCCAAAAAAAAUUGUCGCGCAGAAAUAAUUUCCAAAUUUGGAAACUUGUCAUGCAGAAAUGACGGGCCACAGGAAGCCAAAGCUGUUGAGUUGGACGCUUCGACUUUUCCUCCAUCGGAGUUAGGAAAAUUCAAGUGGCCGCUUCGUCAACAGUUUGCCCUUGUUGUUCGCUUCUGCAUUACAAAUUCACUGCCAAUCAUGGUGGCAAUUUGUAUACGCAGAAACGAAGGACAAAGGAAAGCGCUUCCUUUGUUCGUCGAAGGUUCCAGCUGCUGCUCGUGGGAGAACAAAAUACCUGUGACCUGUCCUGAGUAAAGAUCUCACUCAGUUCCGGUGGCCUGAGUAAAACUUUUAUUCGGGCCAGAUGACCUGAGUAAAAUCUUCAUCGGGAGGGGUCAUGAGGGGCAGGGCCGUGCCGGAAAAACCUUUCGCGAGCGAUCGGAUAGAGGAAGCCCGCUUGAAAGUUGCAAACUUUUGGAACUUCCAAGCGGCAUUCUCUCCAGAGGCCUGCUCUCUCUUCGACCCAGUCCAUGGAGAAAAACCCGGCUGGAAAUUCAAAAAGGUUUGAACUGCCCAGCGGCAUUUUCUCGACAGACUUGCUCGGGAGAGAUUCUUCUCGACCCAGUCCAUGGAGAGAAACGGAAACCCGGCUGGAAAUAUAAAAAGUUUUGAACUUCUUCCAGGCGGGAUGUUCUCGAAAGACUUGCUCGGGAAAGAUUCUUCUCGACCCAGUCUAUGGAAAAAAACCCGGCUGGAAAUUCGAGAAGUUUUGAAUUUCCCAGGCGGCUCUUCUUUGCCCGCAGAUUUUACUCAGAUCCGGUGGCCUGAAUAAAACUUUUACUCAGCUCGCGUAUCCUUCGCCCUUCGUUUCUGCAUUUGUAAUGCAGGAAUGCAGGAGGAUGAAGACACGGCAAUCGCCGAUUGGUCGAUUGUGGACUUUGAUGCCUUGUUUUACUUUUUGCGGUGCGACGACUAUGAAGGGACAAAGUCCAUUUAGCUUCAUGGAUCUAUUUUGAAUAUAUUCAAAAUCGGCCGUGAAUAUUUACACUUUGCAGAAGAGUGAUUUUUUCAAACACGCCCGUCACCGACACCGAAGCCGACGCUUUCCGGGUUCAACAGCCACGACCUGAGUUUCAAAAUAGUCACUGUUUAUGGAAGAACCACAACUAGGAUCCGCCGCCGGCAACUACCGGGCAGGCGCGGCAAAAAAAACAACGCCAACGGCGCCACCGGAGGUCUAAGUCGUGGCAGCGGCCUCCGCCUCCGGCACGCGGAAAUAAUUGCGCACUGUUUCAUUGGCGCAUCAUAGCUGCGCCAACAAGCACCGGGGAGAAGAAGUAUAGACGUCGCUACGUGCCUGCGCGCGCAGCUACGUGCCCUCCUUAGCUUCGUUGCCGCCGCCUGCAAGGCUGUUCUUCGUUCUGCAACUCAGAACAAGACACACCCCGCACCUAGACGGUAAGCAAGGUAGUUCUGCGCCUGGACAGCAAUCUGGCAGCGUGUGCGCCAGGCCUCUGCCCAGGCCUGCGGCGUGUGUGCCUAGAGGCAAAAAAAAGGGAAGCAAGGCCCGGCCGCUUGCUCCCGGCCGCUGAAUGAUUCAAAAUCGAGAUCCAGAAAAGCAGCGCCUCUUGCGAAAAUUCACAGCAAGAGCCGGCUUCCGAAUGAAUAUCCUCAGAAAAGGCAAAAAAACGCUGCCCGUCCGUGAAUCAUUCAAGAGAAAGCCCCGCCUCCCCCACCCCAUGACCCGGCUACCGCCCAGCAUUUUUUUGCUUCAGCACAGAAACAAAGCAGAGCGCGCCAGCCACCGCAAUUCAAACUAACAGAGCGCGCGAGCAGGUGCGAAGGGGGCCUACAGGAGUUCUGCGCCCUAUGCAAGGGCAGCCCGCAGUGCUGGCGCGCGCAGUGCCGUUUUUGCUUUUGGCAUGCAAUACACCCGCCUUGAAGCAAAUCGCCGAUUGGUCGAUUGUGGACUUUGAUGAAGCUUCGUUUCUCCUUUCGGCUUAGUGGGGGCACAGCAUGUGCACAAUCUCGUUCGGCGCGCAGGUUGACGGACCCGUGGUGUCUCCUUGCUGGUUGGUUGGUAGUCUCGUGACAGAUGAGUGACGGUUUGCCAGAACGUCAGAAUCGGAUUUUGACGUUCUGGUGACGGUUUGUGACGGUUGUUUGACGGUUUGUGACGGUUUCGUCAGAAAGUCCGCUAAAACGGAGCAUACAAUCGGGGAAGAUAAACUGUCACUAACCAAAUUGGAACCGCCUUCCAACUUGUGACGGUUUUGUCACCAUUCCGCCAAAAUGCGUCAUUUCAUUCUUGGGCUACCUGAGGGCCUACCUAGCUACGUACCACCAAAGGCGCCCAUGGGAAACGUCAGGCGGCAACCCAGAAUAUGGCCAACGUCCAGCCGUUGCGGGCCCCUGCGUUGGCUGGUGGGAUGCCAGUCGUUGGGCGUUUGGGGUUUGCUCUUUCGUCUUUUUGUGUUCUGGGGGCCCACAAAAUUUUCAACGCGUGUGGCGACAUGCGUGCACGCUCCCCAGGCAGACACUGUCCUGGGGUAGGGCCAAUGGUGCUUCUCGGUGUGCUUCGCGGCAUGGCUUUGCCGCCCAUCGCCCGAAGCCAUCGAAGUGCCGGGCCACAAUAAAAUUUUCGCUUUUCUUUUUUCAAAACGUCACGAAACCGUCAGACCAUGUAACUCAUCGCGAGCCGUCAGGUUGAACGAUUGGUCGACCGUGGACUUUGAUGCGUUGUUUUACUCUAAAACGCUGAAUUAGCGGCAAAGCCGGUAAUCCCUGUGAAUUCCAAAAGCCCACGACUCUCGUGCAUCUAGGCCCGCCGCCCGUGCUUCAAAAUGAAUCUUGGAGCAGAACUACUUUGCAAAUUUGGCAAACGUGCCUUGCUUCGCUUUGUCCAAAUGCAGCAAACGUGUUACGCUGCUCGUCGCCGCGGGCGUGGCUUAUCUAACUUGCCUGCCCCAGGUGACAAAUCUGAAACGCAGCCACCUCAGCGCACAGGCUUCGUAGAGCAGGCGGGCGCGCCCGGGCGUCCGCUGGUGCGCCCCUCGGCGCCGACGUUUUGUCACAGAGUCAGGCCCCAGACACUCCGUUAACCAGACCUCGGGGUACCCAGAGGUUCUGUUUAUCGCGAGAUGUUUUUGGAUUUUUGGCUGCAUGGCGCAGGGUCCAUUCCUGGACACAACGUCGGCCUGGGUGAAGGGGAUAUUGAAUCUACUUAGCACGACCUUUGGCAAUGCAAAGGUCAUGUUAAGCGGUUUUUUUUCCCGGCAGACUCAGGGAGUCCGCGACUCAGGGAGUACUCAUUUGCCCUUGCGCUCCUGUGUCCCUAUUCACGGGUCAGCACAACUUCGAGGCUGUAUGUUUGCAAUGUUAACGUCCGCCGAAUCCCGAUUCAGGAUUCUAGGGAUCGCUUAUCGCUGAGAAAUCGCGUUAAAUGUUGGGCGAGAGAUUUGAUGAGAAAUCGCUGAUUGGUCGACUGUGGACUUUGAUGCGUUGUUUUACUUUUUGCGGUUCGACGACCCGAUGAACGUGGCAGAUGGCUUACAGGCGGACUUGGACAACCCGUUCGUUCUCGCGCCGUUCGGGUGCUUUUUCGAGUGCAUCGGCGACAACCAGCGGGCGUGGCGCUGCAUUGCCGAUGUACUCAAGAAGAAACUGGUGGAGUUCUUGUCCGAAAAGAGACCAGAACAGGAAAUGCGAAUCGAGCUCACGCCGGUAUAAUUCGUACACCAAUGAAGUAUAUCGCAGAGAUGAAAAAUGAAGAUGAACAGAAGAACUUUUCACAACUUAUUUUGCGGCACUUCUCCAGCGAGAUGGAGUUCAAAUAUCAUCACCAGCUUUUCUUUCUCGUUGUUUUCAAUUGUGAACGAGAAUGAUGAAUCCAAAGGGCGACAACAUCAUGCGCGACGAUGCAUUCUUUUUGCAAAAUUGUGACCAAUUCCAUUUCAAUAUUCAGGGUCGCGAAUCCGUCGAAGGCGUGCACCUGUUUCAGGAGAAAUGUAAAGAGCUUCUCCGCGGGUGUAUUCCGAUCGUUACCCUUUUUACAGACAAGAUGACAGCCGUGGGUUUCCCGGAAUACACUGCUGAGGUUGUGCAAGUGAUCAACACAUUUCACAAGCGCACCCAAGACCUCGUGAAGCACGCCACGAACUGGCUGCUUUGCUUGGAAGAUUUCCGUCCUGCGGUCGAUCAGCAGAGUCCAACCGCACUGCCCGGAACAUCUGAUGAGGAGGAGAAGAGUGGUGGCGCAGCUGACGACGAAAGUGAAGAUGUUUCAUCCGGUAGUGCUGAUGUGGACGAAAGCGAGGGGGAGGCGGAGAACAGUGGCUUUUCUACGGAUCCACUGGAACGAAAAGUAGCAGCGCUCAUGAAAAUGAACUGGUGAGAAAGCACGAUAAGAUCUGGAAUCAGAUGAAUGAAUUCAUGACGGAGAAAAUGCUCAAGAGAACUUUAUCUUUGCCGUAAUAUACAAAAGUCGCGACUACACACGCACUGUAUCGUAGAAUUUCGGUUUCGAUUUCGAAUUCCAAAAUGACGAAGAAGAAGUUCUUUCGAUCGUUGUUUUCCGAAGUAU